UGUAGUUUCCAUCAUCUGCAGGUCAUGAAGUGAGAGAUUAUUUGAUCUGAACAUGGAUAUGGAGUUUGAUAAGUCUCUUCUCACAGUCCACAUAAACUACAAUAACUUUCCAGCUAAGUUAUGGUGUUUGACAAACGAUCCCCAAAACAACUCGGUCUUCUGGAGCCCAAGUGGAGACAGCUUGAUAGUGGACCAGCAGCGGUUCGAGGACGAACUGUUGUCACCGGUCAAACAAGACGCUAAACUCUUCAAGACCACCAACUUCACCAGCUUCAUCCGGCAGCUCAACCUGUACGGCUUCCGGAAGCUUUUCGACGGGCCCUCCAAAGACAGACACCGCAACCUGCACCAGUUCCACAACCCCUACUUCAAACAGGGUCGGCCAGAACUUCUGGUCCAUCUGAAGAGGCUGACCAUCAGUAACAAGGCCAAGAUGCAGGCCGGAGAGGAGGUGACCUGUCGUCCCCCGAGCCGAGGCCAUCAGCAGCCUCGACACAACACUACAGAGGAGAAAACUACAGGUUCUGCACACCAAUAUCAGCACAUAUCCCAUCAUCAGCCGAAGGGGUUUGACCGAAGCUUGAUCCCUCCCCAUUCCUGGAUCUUUCCUUGCAGCGAUGUGCCUCCUUUCUACUCCAACAAAGGCAUCCCGGUGUCGGUUAUCCGUCCGUAUCCGUACAGAGCUCCUCACAGAGUACAGUCCUGUCCCUCCGCCCUGUUCCCACAGGAGGCUAAAUAUAUCCCUCAUCACCUGUCCUAUCCUCCUGGAUUUUACCCGCCAGUAGUUUGUCAGUGUUGCACUGCUGGAUUUAUGGAAGCAGAUCGAUCAGGUGGUGAUCAAACAUCUCUGUCAUACGCACAUUAUGCUUAUUACCCGCAGAAUUAUUCAGUGAGCCACCAUCACAACAGCAUCCAGACCGCAAACUGGGCAGCACACGGUACGCCUGAGGCUCAAAGGGCCGACGUGAACCUUGACAGAGUGUUCCAGAUGGUGGACGAGUUCCAGGGGUUGCCGAAUGUCCGCAUAGUCCAAGUGGGAACCCCUGUAAAGCCCCAGCACUCCUCCGGCUCUCCGGUCUCCACGUUACCUGCUGAAGCCGAUAGUCCUCAGAGCUCCAGGUCCGAUACUGCGGUAUCCAGUCCUCAGAGAGACGUGUGUCCGUCUGUCAUCGCCAGCGGUGUGAGCACUCAGUACAUCAAACUAGAGUCAGAGGGACACGAGGUGGAGAAUCAAGGAGUCGGCCAGCUCAAAGAACAUGAUUCAACAUCUCUGGAGUCCUCAGAAAAGGUUAAAAGAUGCUGGUGUCUUCUUUGUUAGUCUUUAAGUGUGUGUUCACUACAGGUUGCCCAGGGCUAACAGUAUAAAACUGAUGAUGUUUUUUUGAGUGUUGAAUAACAUUGAAGCUAGAUUGAUGCUAUAACGAAAUCCUCUGUAAAUCAGGCUACAGAUCAGAAACUGACAGCAGAGCAUGACUCAUGAAAAACACUCCCUGCAGCUUCUUUAGGUAGGACACUUUCAGAUAUUAUAUCACUCCUCUACAUUAUGUUUUUACAGAAUCAUUCAGAUUUUUUUUUUUUAAUUAUUACUUUUUAUGACUUUAUGGUUGUUAUGAUCCACAGAUGACAGGCAGGAUUCGUCAGCAUAUUCACAUGACAUCAUAUCCAAAAAACAAACAUUUUUAACUUAUUUAAGAAAGUUUUGUGUGAUUUUAAGUAGUUUUAAAGUUAACAUUGCAUGUUUUAUUCUCAAAAAAGUAAUUUACUCAGAAUUCUGACUUUAAUUAUUUUUAAUGGUAUUUUUAUGCUAAAUACACAUGCUUUGAAUAUCUACAGUGAACAUGAUAUUUUAUUUGUAAUUAUCUUAUAUAUUUCAGUAUUUAUAAGCAUCAGUAUAUAAUUUAUAUAUUUAACAUAGCACAAGAGUGAAAGUCAGAUUGUAAUAGCAUUGAAAUGAACUGAUUUGUUUUCAGCUUUUUUUAAAUUUGAAUAAAUGCAAAGCGAGUGAAUCCCCUGAUAAAGGCUGAACGUGUGUCAUCGCUGUGUGUUUUGUGUUAUUUUGAUGGCAUAGUGAAAUAAUUUUUAUUAUAAAUCUGCUCAAGUCAUGAUAAAUGACCAAUACAUUAAAAUUUCCUUAAGGAAACAGAUUGUUUUAAAGCAGCUUCACAGAAAUAAUCAGGAAAAUAACUGAAUUAAUGAUGCAAACUUCAUCAAAUAUGAGACGAAUUCUGCUGUAAAGCUCAAUUCAGUUCAGUGUUCAUUCAGUUCUAUAACAGUGUCCAUGUUGCAAAAUUAGGAGACAGUACUAUUAGAUUAUGCAGUUGAGGCUAGUGCUGUUUUAGUAUAAUUAAAGUGGUCAUGAAUUGAGAAAUCAACAUUUCCUUGAGCUUUUGAUAUAUAAGAGGUCAUCGUACUGUAAGAAUAUCCUGUAAGUCUCUGACCUGAAAACUUCUUUGUUAGUCCAGUAAAAGCUUUUAUUGACACCAGACCCAGCAAACGACUUGUACAUAGAUAGGUGAAACUCCGCCUCCACAGAAGAAAUCGACGCCUACUUCAUCAUUGCAGCGUUAGCCCCGCCCACUGGUGUGUUAGUGAGAUGACGAGGAGAGAAGAGCGAUACAGGAUUAAAAUAACAUUACCUUUCAAAGGAUCCUAAUGCUAGGAAUAUGGUUAUUUAUUUUCAACAAUGUGAAUGUCUCAGUUGAGCUUUAUUUAUUUGUAUUCGGUACAUUUCACUGUGGAUUCUUUGGUAAAUCAUUCGCAUUUCAGCGCAAACUGACUUUUACGACAGUAAUUCAACAACAUGUAAGUAACUGUGUUAAUUCUAAUGCCUGAUCUGGUAUGUAAUGAUUCAUGUACAGUCAGAUGUUCGUCGUCUGUGUCAGUAAAUCAAACCAGUGACUAAAUGGUCAACUUCACGUUGUUUCUCUUAGUAAGAUGAAAAUAAUCUGUUAAUUAAACGGUGAUUAAGUUAUAUAUAGAAAGCGAUCAAAGAACGCUCCCUUUACAAUCGCUGGAGCUGUCAAUCAAACAGCGCGAGUUUAUCAGUGACUGAGUUCUGGACUCGCGCCAAAACUCCUGUUUUAUUCAACAAAUCUCUUAGUUACAUCGCGUUUGCACUGUUAGUGACGAUGAAAGCAUUCAUCAGUGUGCAGAAAUUGAGUUUCAAUGACGAGAUCACUGCUUUCAUGCGCUCAACAACAUGUCUGUGAUCGACUAUCAUCACUGCAACCUUUCAUGCCACGAUCUAAAUAUAAUGUAAUCUAAAUGUAAUGUUUUUUUGAGAGAUGUAAUACUAAAAACUUGCUAAAAUUUUUGGAGAGAGUAGGUAUUUCAAAUGGAAAGGUGUCAGCCAAUCACAGCAGUGGGCGUUUACACUGAAGCCUCACAGCAGACACGCCCCUUAAAACAGAGCGUUCAAAUCAAGGAAAAAUGCCUUUUAUUUCUAAAUUAUGACCAUUUUUGAUGUAAAAAGCAUAUUAACAUUAUAAGUGCACCCCAGGAAACAUUAUAAAACAAUGCAGUUCAUGACCCCUUUAAAUUGUUUUAUGAUCAAACAAUUUAUGAUUUGAUUUUAACAUAGCUGUUAUGCAAUUUAGGGAUAAUAAUUAUUCGAUCAUAAGGCCAUUACAUUACACGAGGUAAUUAUCAAGCAUACGACUGU